AUGACAACGUUCUCAACUCCUGUCACCGCCCCGAAGUCGCUGCCCAACAACCAGUCUGCGUUGGCGGCAUCUUUCACCAACUUCCUCACCGUAUCGAUACACCAGAUCCUGUUCCUCCGGUCAGUCUACCCGCGAGCAACGUUCCUCCCUGUCCGGGCGUACAAUUAUCCUGUCCGGCAAUCCCGUCACCCGAAGGUGUGUGACUACAUCAAUGAUGCGUCGAUCGCGGUCGGAACCGAAAUCUUGAAGGGCACAAUCACCGCUGUCAGCAUCAUUAUUUCUUCUCUCCGUACCAACCAGCCCCUCGAAAGAUAUGCGUUCGAUCUGUCGGGCUUCCCCCGCGUGCCCGCCGGGGAGAUUCACACCACCUUUGAGGAUCGAAAGGAGGAUCCCUCCAAGGCAGGCAUUCCUUUGCCCGAUCGAGCUCCCGCUCCUCCCACGGUCGACCUGGAAGCACAGUUCCGCGCCUGCCUCGCCCGCCUGGCAUCUGCAUGCGCACGGCUGACGCCAUUGCCUCGAGAUGACGAGUUCAGUUUUACCGUCUGCAUCGAAGUGCGCGAGGACGCUCUUCCCCCGGCCGGAUCUACGACCGAAGAACAGACAUGGAUUGUCGCAGAACCGGGCAAAGUCCACCUCAGAUCGUGUACCGCGCCGUAUUCGGUCUCGAAGUUGAGAAAUGGCGAACCGCAGCCGCCACCCCCGAAAGUGUCAAACGGACGCGCCAAGACUGUCCCAGUACGCCGGGUAGAAGCUGGUGAACUUCGACUGGAACUAUGGGUGGAGGAGGCGCGGCAAAAGUUCAACGAACCCGUGGAUUCGGAGCAUCCGCCAUGA